AUGAAUCGUACCCUCGCACUAUCCCGCAAAACAGCUUUCUCCUUACCCAUCCGGCCCCGACCUUCACCUCUCCCUUCUAACCUUAUCAGACCUACCCAACCUUCUAAGCAACUCACCAUCGCCCAAGCCCUCUUUCCUCAACUGACAGUAAGAGGAAUCAGGUUUUAUGCUACGGACAACAAGGAUCAUCCAGGUGGGAAAGGACCUAAUCCUGGACCUGACCCAAAGACGGUGAGGGAUAGUAAUAGGGAGGAUCAAAAUGCUACACCGGGAGCAAGGGAAGAGCUGAAAGGCAUGACCAAAGAUUUUGCUCGAAUCAUUGCUGGAUCUUCCCCUCAAGCCCAAGCUCUAGGUGCGAGAGAAGUAUCCGCUCAUGGGACAUCGCAUGGAAGUAUCACAGAUGAUUUCCUCUCAGUGACCAAGGGAAUGUUCACCUCUGUCCCUAAACCUGUCUUAUACACAGGUCUGGCUGGUACCAUUCCCUACCUCGGUACUUCAUUAUCCAUCGUUGCUCUAGCCCGAGAAGCCUCUCUGGCAGCUGCAGGUGAAUCUCCCGCAGGUCUUGAUCUCGCUACCUGCUUAUCAUACUUGCAUACCAUGGAACAUGUUCAAAUCACCUACGGAGCGAUCAUCCUCUCUUUCCUUGGUGCUUUACAUUGGGGAAUGGAAUUUGCCAAACUAGGUGGUGAACAAGGAUACCAAAGAUUGAUCAUCGGUAUCUUACCUGUCUUAGCAGCUUGGCCUACACUUCUCGCUUCUCAUGGUGUAGCAUUGGCUGCACAAUGGUUUGGGUUCACAGGAAUGUGGUUCUUGGAUCAAAGAGCUACAAUUGCUGGAUGGACCACUCAUUGGUAUUCUACCUACCGAUUCUACCUGUCCAUCAUUGUUGGAUUUUCGAUCAUCGGUACUUUGGUCGGAACAUCAAUUUACGGUGCUGGAGCAGGUGCGACUGAAGAUGCCCAUGCGGCUCAUCUCAGACAUACCACCCCACGUACAUCCGCUCUGAAAAGAUUGGAUAAAGUAAAAGAGAAGAACUACCCUUCGCAUGAUUCUUCAGCAAAGGUAAAUAGGGUAGAAGGUAAAGUUGGAGGACCGAUCCAAGUGGACGAAGAAGGAUCUGGAGAAGGAUAUCUGAAAUUGAGAAAUAUUGAUAGAGAGAAAGAAGAAGAAGAGAAGGCUCAAAAGGAAAAAGAAGAAAAACAAAAGGAACAAGAUGAAAAAGAAAAGAAACAGAAGGAAGAUUCUCCAAACGACAUGAAAUCUUGA